AUGGUGGUAAGGGAGGACGAGUUUGAUUCGGACAUGACCACGACGUUGGCCGUGUGUCUGUGUCAGAUACUUAUAUCUCAGUUUAACAACAAUAUUUUCCCCGCAGAAAUUGACGAGGAGUCUCUGGAAGAAUCAAUAGGUACCCCACUGUUUGUCAUGCUAAGGUUUUUAAGUUCAACACCAGAGAAUUCCCCGUCUCGGAUACCGUUGUUACAGUUGCUAGGGGAAAUGUACAUGAAGCAGCCACGGAUAGGAUAUCAUUUACUGUAUUUUCUUAAAGUCGGGUAA